AUGUUCGAAGAACAGCUUGUUGCCUUUGAAGCUGGCAAGGGGUUCAGCCUUGUUGGUGCUGACCUUAUUGUUGACGACGAGGACUACAAGGGCGUGCACAUAGCAGUCGAGGCGUUAACAGCAGACUUCGACAAGGUGACCGCCCAAGGAAGGCAUCGGAAGGUGGAUCGUUCCGCACGAAGGUCCUCCAACGUUUGCAUCAUUGUAGGCACCCUGGCGAAAUCCUCAACGAUUCAGUCUCUGGAGGGCGCGGGCAAGAUCAAUGUCGCCGACAUCCAAGGGACGUGGGAAUCGUGGAUCACCGCGUGUGUCGAAAAGCCAGUGGAUGACUACGAUUGUGGCCUGGUCAUUGCUGGUAGUGACAAGCGAGGUGCAAUAUUCGGCGCAUACUCACUCUCGCAGCAGAUCGGAAUCUCCCCUGUGAAAUAUCGCGGCAUCUUCAUCAAUGAUGAGGCCCCGGGCAUGGACACGUGGUUUGCCGAGCAUUUCGGUCCGUCCAACCAGUUCGAUACAAGGGUCUACAAGCACAUCUUCGAGCUCCUCCUCCGUCUCAAAGCCAACUUCUUGUGGCCGGCCAUGUGGCGAGGGUACCCUCAGCCGGGACGAUCAUUCUUUGUCGACGACCCGGAGAACCAGAAGACCGCCGAUGACUACGGUAUUGUGGUAGGCACCUCACACCACGAGCCUAUGCAGCGAGCCAUGAACGAGUGGUCAGCCAACGAGCCUGGUGGCACGUGGCGCUGGGAUACCAAUCGCGAGAAGAUCACGGAUUAUUUCGAUUUUGGCGCAGAGCGAGCUGUCCCUUAUGAGUCCUAUAUCACAAUGGGCAUGAGAGCCGAGGGCGAUGGCGCAAUCGGCAGCGAUGAUCCCAUUGCCACGCUGACCGACAUCUUGAAGGUCCAGCGUGGCAUUAUCAAAGACAAGUACGGCGAAAACGACGGCGAGAUGCAGCUGAUAGCACUCUACAACGAGGUUCAACGUUAUUACGAGCAGGGCCUGCGAAUCCCAGAUGACAUGACACUGUUGUUCGCGGACGACAACAAUGGGUCCCUCAGAAGGCUCCCCACCGCGGAGGAGAGGAAGAGAAAAGGAGGCCUAGGAUAUUACUACCACUUCCAGUAUACUGGAGGUCCUCGGAGCUAUCGCUGGAUGAACAGCAACACUUUGGGGAAAGUCUGGCACCAACUGCGACUCGGCUACGAUCAGGGUGCCACUCAAAUUUGGGUCUUUAAUGUGGGAGAUCUGAAGCCUCAAGAGCUCCCCUUGAGCUUUGCAUUUGACUUUGCCUGGGACAUUGACUCCAUUCCAGCGGAUGGGUUCCCCAGCUAUUUCAAAAAGCUUGCCGAGAGGGAAUUUGGCGACAAGUAUGCUCAAAGAAUCGCGGACCUUUGGUACGGCUUUGAACGGCUCAUCGCACUGCGCAAGCACGAACAGAUUGAGGCCGAGACAUUCUCGGUGCUCAAGUAUCGCGAAGCUGAGACCAUCGUUGGCCGAUGGGCAGAACUCACCAAGGAAGCCGAGGCCAUUCAUGCCGAGAUCUCCUCUAUCCAAAAGCCAGCUUUCUUCCAGCUCGUUGUCCACCCUAUCAAGGCCUCCUACAUCUACAACAACUUGCGCAUGACACAGACCAAGAAUCGGCUGUGCGGGAAGCAACGGCGCAACACUACGAACCCCCUUUUGCACGAGUGCUUGCGUCUUUUCGACGCUGACGAUGUCCUCACUCGUGAAUACCACUCCCUUUUGGAUGGCAAAUGGAACCAUAUGUUACGCCAGCCUCAUUAUGGCUAUGGCUCCCACGUCAUUGGUCCAUCGCGGGACAUGAUUGAUGGGCUAUCAUGGGUCAGAGCCAACGCCGACUCGAAUCCCAGCGUCGGUCAGAUGGGCGUAGCAGUUGAGGGCCACACCGGCGUUAGCCCCGGCAUCAUCAACGAAGACGUCGACCGCACACAUCCUUCCCGACUGUGGCUAGAACCUGGCGUCACCCUUCGGCCCAUGAGCCCUUAUGGACCUCAGGAUCAGUACUUUGAAAUCUUCCAUCGCGGUACCAAGGGGUUCACAUGGGAGGCCAGACCGCAGUACGAGUGGCUUACGCUAACUCAGUACAGUGGCACGUUGAACCCUGACGACGAAGAUAUACGGAUUCACGUCACGGUCGACUGGAAAGAUGUGCCCGACAAGUUUGACGAGAAGAUCUUUAUCGAAAUCAUAGGAAGUGUGGAUGGGUACGAGAAGGUCAGGAUGCAAGUACGAAAGCAUCAGGCCCCCGAGGGCUUCACUGGCUUCGUUCAAAAUGACAGCUACGUGUCCAUCAACCCUGGGAAGUGGGUUACGGCGCCUUAUAUCCAACUGCCCAUCCUCGGUCGUCAGGACGGUGGCUCGGUUACGCUGCCCAACAGCUACGACUUUAGUAAGCCAAAGGCCAUACCCUUUCUCAAGUACGAUAUGCACACGUUCACCACGGGCGACAACGCGAGUGUUGAGAUACACUUCCACAUGACGCUGGAGGCAGAUCCAAACAGCAAGAUGCAGUACGACACUCGCUGGGACGGCGGCGAUGUAUUGACUCACCGUGUGACCAAGGAUGGCUCAGGCUCGUACCCCAACGGCUGGACGUCGGCAGCCCAAAACUACGUCUGGAAGAACAGACACAGCAUCGGCAAGGUCAAGCCUGGCCGCCACACUUUUGAAAUCCGCUUCCGCAGCCUGAACGUUGCCAUGGAGAAGAUUGUCCUGGACCUUGGCGGCACAGAAAUGAAGUAUCUCGGACCCCCGGAGAGCGACCAUGUCUCGUAUGUGAAGCAACAGAGCUCGCCGCGCGAGGAGGGCUUGACAGAGUUUUCGAACCUGAGGAUUGCGAUUCAUAUGUAA